GUAAUAACAGCAGUAGUAGUAGUAGUAGCAGUAGCAGUAGUGGCAGUGAGGUAGUGUUUGGCGAGUUAAGUGGCAUACAUAGUUAGGAAAGUAAGGUGAAGAUUUAUAAGAAGUCCUUCCUUCCUAUGGCAAACAUGUCCGCUUGUAUCCUGAGACAUUGAAGUCGCCAUGCAGAUGUCAGAGGAAUAUGGAAAAGAAGGGCCCAUUCGAGGCAUUUUUCUGGCUGAGUUCCACCACAUAGCUGGGCCAAAGAUUAUGCACCAACACCCAGAAGGAUGUAUUAGCAAGGAGAUAUUUGAUGGUGUGUCAGUGUUCAUCAUUCCCAAACCACAAGUCUUAAAGCGAAUCGUGACAGUGAACGUGCUGGGAGUCAAGAUCACAGGCUACCCCAAUGAAAUACGAAGUCCCAGCUACAAACGCAAUGCUCUCAUCUUCAACCUGGCCUUUGUGUGUGAGUCCUCAGCCCGCACUGUGCACUACGAGCCGGCUGUCAAAAAGUUGUCGGAAUAUCUGGAGAAUCUUGAGCUGGAGGACGGGUUUUUGUCGUCUGCGAGUGGUCGUGCGCGUAUUCCUGCUCUACUGAGACAGGUACUCAUGGACCUAAACAAGAGUGGCCACUGUACCGUCACCAUAACACUGGGAGGUGGGGAGGGGGAGCGUCGACCCAGCCAACUGAUGCGGCACAACACCACAGAUGGCACCACACCACCACAGCGACGCCUCAGUCUGUACAGCGACCAGCGUCCUUCCGAGGCGUCCUAUAGAGGUUACAGGAAGUCCUCAGUGUCGGAAGCUAAGAGUCGCAGGAGGUCAUCUGAUAGCACCACCACCUCUGUCCUGCAUCUCAAGGUGGUGAGGCUGUGGCCCGACCCCCUGCAGAUAGAGGACCACCACGUUCCAGUCCUUAUUUCCGAGAGGGUGUACAGUCGAGGGGACCACUGGGACCUGACCACACAGCAGAUUCUUCCCUACAUUGAUGGCUUCUCUCAUGUGGCCAAGAUUGCUGCUGCGGCGGAUGUUGAUAAUAAUUUAGUGAAGGCCUGUGUCGAGAACCUUCUUUACUACGAACAAGUGCGUCUGCUGCCGAUCUUCCAGUACUCCAAUGUCUAUGUGGUGACUUCUGGCACGCGCCUUUACGAGGACCCCGAGCUGCAGGAGGAGUGUCGGAGAACGGUUAGCAAGCACUGUGCCUCGAGACCGCAGCUUUGCCAGAUACUUGAGAUUUACUGCAGCAUGACGUAUGGGGUCACCGUGCGAGGACUGUGCAUUCGCUUCAACCCUCAAGUGCUAAACAUCGAUGAACGCAGACUGGUACAAUUCGGCCUCACAAACAAGCUGAUCCGCCGUUUGCACCAGUACCCCCUCCUUGUGCCCCCAGAGGACCCACACCACACCCCUAGCAAGCACAACGCCAUCCACGCACUCUGCAGCGGACAACAUAACUUUGACGAGAUCUGCUGCCGGCUCGGACUGACUUUCAAGGAGAUGAGUGACAUUGUAGAGAGAGAUCCUAACAUUAGAGUGCUGUGGAAGUGAUCUGUGGACUCCUGUGGCUGUGCUGGGGAAGAGUGUUGCUGUCACCACCGCCCACCACCACCCUGGCAUUACGCACGCUGGACACCACAGUCGCACCACACAACUCCAAAAGUUCCUGUGGUGAAAAGACUGUCCUUACCUUGAGUUGGGCUGGUGGGGUGAGCUGCCAUCCAAUACACACACACCCCCGACCUUGGAGAACAGGGUGUGCUGGUAUGAGCUGCCCUGGGCCUCACGUUUCUGCCGACAUGCCUGUUUGGGUUAAGUUAGGUUAGGUUCAGUUUAAUUUGGUCUUUUUUUUGUUUAUUUAUUUAUUUAUUUUUUUAAAGGAGUGGUGAGGUUAGGUUAGGUUAGGGUUAGUUUGAUUUACUUUAUUUUAUUUAUUUAUUUUUUUUUUUUUUCAAGGUUAGGUUAAUGUUAGGUUCAGUUUAGUUCCAUCCAUCGUUUUCUUUCUUUUUAUUUUAUUUUAUUUUAUUAUUUUUUUUUUUUCAAGGGGUGGUGAGGUGAGGUUAGGUUAAGGUCAGUUGAGUUUUGUUUUUCUUUUCUUCAAUCAUGUUGCUGUGUUGCUGUGAUCAUUACUCAAGCUUACUGUUGCUGUGUUGCUGUUUAUCAUUACUCAAGCUUACUGUUACUGUGUUGCUGUUUAUCAUUACUCAAGCUUACUGUUGCUGUGUUGCUGUUUAUCAUUACUCAAGCUUCCUAUAAAUGUCUGUGUCUUGCUCAACUACAACUUCCACAAUGAAUGACAGGAAUUAUCAUAGCAAAUAUAUUUUUCUAUGUAAACUUAACAUGAUUAUAAUUUUCUAUGAAUAUAUAUAAAACAGUUCUAGUCACA